AUGGAGGAGCACGACGUCGCCGCCAUUGACCCGAAACUAAAAGAAGCCGAAAAUGGUGGUGGCAAUAGCAUUAAUAGUAUUUCCAAAGAAGAUUUCGGAAAAUUGCUUAAUGGGUGCGACCAUUAUAGGAGAAGGUGUAAACUGCGAGCUCCUUGUUGCAACCAGAUUUUCACUUGCCGCCAUUGUCACAACGAAGCCACGAGUGCUUUGAGCAAUCCAAAUGAACGUCAUGAGCUUGUCCGGCAUGAGGUUAAGCGAGUUAUUUGUGCAGUAUGUGAUACGGAACAACAGGUUUCUAAUAUCUGUUCAAAUUGCGGUGUCAAAUUUGGCGAAUACUUCUGCAACACUUGCAAAUUCUAUGAUGAUGAUACCUCCAAAGAGCAGUUUCACUGUAAUGACUGCGGGAUUUGUAGAGUUGGAGGUCGUGAAAACUUCUUUCACUGCCAAAAAUGUGGAUCGUGCUAUUCAGUGGGUCUGCGUGGUAAUCACCUGUGUGUAGAGAACUCGAUGAAGAACCACUGCCCCAUCUGUUACGAGUUUCUUUUUGACUCAAUCAAAGGCACAACAAUUAUAAAGUGUGGACACACAAUGCACACAGACUGUUACACCGAUAUGCUUAACCAAGACCAGUACCGCUGUCCAAUAUGCUCCAAGUCUGUGCUCAAUAUGUCCAGAACCUGGGAAAGACUAGAUCAGGAGAUUGAGGCAACUGCAAUGCCUGAGGAAUACCACUAUGAAGUUCUUAUACUCUGUAAUGAUUGCAACACUACUGGAAAAGCAUUUUUUCACAUUUUUGGCCACAAGUGCGGGCACUGCAAUUCUUACAACACCCGUGUGAUAUCCAAUGGGGAGAAUCAUCAAUGA